GUUAAAAUGGCGGCUCCCUUGGUCCUGGUGUUACUGGUGGCCGUUACCGUUCGGGCCGUGCUGUACCGAUCCAGCCUGGCCGGCCUCAUCUCCGAGAGGGUGGAGGUGGCGUCCCCUUUAAAUGCUUGGAAGCGAGUGGUAGAGGGGCUAGCCUUGCUUGACUUGGGUGUGUCUCCGUAUUCUGGAGAUGUCUUUCAUGAAACACCACUAGUGAUAUACCUCUUUCAUUUCCUGAUUGAUUAUGCUGAACUGGUAUUUAUGAUAACAGAUAUGUUGACUGCUGUAGCCCUCUAUUUGGCCGUUCAGGACUACAACAAAGUUCUGUUCAAAAAACAGAAACUUCUCAUAGAACUGGAUAAAUAUGCCCCAGAUGUGGCAGAGCUUAUUCGAACUCCCAUGGAAAUGCACUAUAUCCCUCUCAAAGUAGCACUGUUCUAUCUCUUAAAUCCGUAUACUGUGAUGUCUUGCAUUGCGAAGUCCACUUGUGCCAUCAACAACACUGUAAUUGCAUUCUUCAUUUUGGCAACAAUAAAAGGCAGUGCCUUCCUGAGUGCUGUAUUUCUGGCUUUAGCAACAUACCAGUCCCUGUAUCCUCUCACCUUGUUCGCACCAGCACUUCUGUAUUUACUGCAGCGCCAGUUCAUACCAGUGAAAAUGAAAAACAAAGACUUCUGGUUUUACACUGUGCAGUAUGCAGGGCUGUAUUUGGGAAGCCUGUUGGUGAUUAUUUGCCUCUCCUUCUUCCUUCUCAACUCUUGGGAUUUUAUUCCAUCUGUUUAUGGUUUCAUCCUUUCUGUGCCGGAUCUGACCCCCAACGUUGGUCUCUUCUGGUACUUCUUUGCUGAGAUGUUUGAGCACUUCAGCCUCUUCUUUGUGUGCGUCUUUCAGAUCAAUGUCUUCUUCUACACCAUUCCCUUGGCAGUGAAACUAAAGGAGCACCCUGUUUUCUUCAUGUUUGUUCAACUUGCUAUCAUUUCCAUCUUCAAGUCCUACCCAACUGUGGGAGACAUCGCCCUGUACAUGGCCUUCCUUCCACUCUGGAGCCACCUAUAUCGAUUCCUCCGGAACAUCUUCAUCCUCUCCUGUGUACUCAUCGUCUGCUCCGUGCUCUUUCCUGUUCUGUGGCAUCUCUGGAUCUAUGCAGGAAGUGCCAACUCAAAUUUUUACUAUGCCAUCACAUUGACAUUCAACGUAGGGCAGAUUUUGCUCAUCUCGGACUAUUUCUACGCCUUCCUGCAGAGGGAGUACUACCUCACUCAUGGACUCUAUUUAACAAGAAAAGACGGGACAGAGGCUAUGCUGGUCCUCAAAUAAUCCUGGUAUCCAACACAGCCUGGAGAACAGGCUGAACAGACCAUGCUUGGGGUGGGCGGGCGGUUCUGACUGUUGGGAAAGUACCUUUUGCAAGUGGAGAAAAGGCUGCAGCUUGUGUGGGAAUAACCUAAUUUAUACACUGGUACAAAGAGUUUGGUGCAAAGAACAUAACAGGAUAAGAAGUCUGCUUCUGUGGAUCACAGUCUCUUUUGAAGCUCCUCCUUCUAACCAUAGUUUUGCAGAACACAAGUCAUCUGCUCUGAGUGAUUCAUCAGGAGUCGGUGAAAAGCAUUUGGACUGCAACGAAGCCUGUAUCUUAUAUACAGGGACAGACAAGGCCAUAGAUGAUUAUUUGUACGAUUUUUGGGAAUGCUGUUGGAAUUACCCUUCCUCUUUCUGGAAAGGAAUAGCUUCAAUAAGCAAUUAUUUGGUUCCACCUACCACUCUUCUUUCUUUUCUUGGACUGGAGGCUCACCUGCCUGAUGUUACAGGGUUCCUUGGGCACUUGAAGAAAGGGCAUUGGGCUUCAUAGACUGGAACACUCUGCUCACACUGGAAAACUGGAAGCCUCAGAUGUUGCACCGUUCAUGAUAAGUGGUUGAUUCAGGGUAGUAAUUCAGAAUGGAGCUGAUGACUGGACCGUCCUUGGAGACAUCGAGGGGUCAACUCCCAAGCCUUAGAUGCAGUCAACAGAAGAGAGUUGGGUGGAGCUUCCAGAUAGAUGGAGCUUACUCAGUUUUCUUUAAUAACGCCAUUUACAAAGUCAUUUGUGUCGGGUCUCAGUGAAGAGGAAUUUGAGUAACACACAAGGGGCCCAUAUUACGUACAUGGACCAGAGACUCCAUCAACAUUUUAGCUCUCAAGUUUCAUAGGAAGGUUCCUCCAACCUUCCCCACUCCCAACCACCACCAGUCCUUUUAUUUUGGAAGCAUAUUCUGUGUUCUCUGAUCUCUGGGAUUUGGGGACAGGGGCUAAAUUGUACAGAAGUUCUGGCCUCCGUCCAAAGGGGAGCACCAGAUUUCCAUGGGCUGCUUGGAAGGGGUUUGCAGCAAUUGACCAUUGCAAGUAUCUACUCAAAGUGAAACAAAGUCUGAGGCCAAUGGCACCUUUAAGACCACAGAGUUUUAUUCUGGGUGUAAUUCUGUGUAUGUUCUGUCUCU